AUGAGAUAAUAUUUGAAACUGAGAGCAAUAAUAAUAGGUCCAGAUUAGAACUAUAACAAGAAUUCGUUUCUAGCUAUUGUAGAAUAUUUUUAUUAUUAUAGAUUAAAUGCAGAGAAUCAGUAAGAGAUGAAAUAACAAUGGAUAACUUUACCAGAUAUUCUCAAAUUUAAAGUUUGAUUCCUUCAAAAUUUAGAAAAUAAGGCAAAAUUUUAACAUGGAAAAUCCCUAUAAGUGAGUAUUUAACAUAAAUUCAUUACAAAAAUUAAAAUUUUAGGUGUAAUUCUCAGCAAGAACUAGAAUUAUUAUAUCAGGAAAAUAAUAAAAUAUAAAGAAAAUAAUAUACUAUUUAAUUCAAUGCCCUGUACGAUUUUGAAUCAUUAUAAAAAAUAAUGAAUGAAAAGGACUUAUUUUUUGAUAAUGAGAAAAAAACUUUAUAGUAAGAAAUUUAACAUUAAUUAUUUCUAAAAAGAUCUAAUAACAUUAACAUUCCUAUAACUCUAACAUUAAAUUAAACUGUAUUUAAGUAAAUUGAAAACAAAAAAAUAGAAAUAAAAUUAUAAAGUUAAUUUUUAGAACAUCCAUUCCCAAAAGUCCAAUAUACUUUUUAUUAAAAAAUUGUCUAUCCCCAAAUGAAAAAUUAAUACUAUUAAAAACUAACUGAAACUUAAGAAGACUAACAAUUUACUUAAAAAUAUUAAAUUGGAUUAGAUAAUAAUUGCGAAGUUAAUUUAAAAAUUGAUUUGAAUAUUCUUGAAAACAUUAAACCUUUUUAUUUAGGAUAAAAUAUAGAAUCACAUCAUUUAAUUUUAAUUAAAAUUAUUUUUGAUAAAAAAUAUUGCCUAGAUUUUAGUCAAAGAAUUUAUGAUAUUUUUGUUCCUAUUUAAAUUAUUUAAAGAGAUUAAAUUGUUGCACAAAAUGGAAGUUAGAAUUAGAAUCCUUCAGAUAUAUAAAGCAAUAGUAUAGAAUUAUAGAGUAAGAAUUAGAAUCCUUCAAAUAUAUAAAACGAUAAGACAAAAGACAAUAUCAUAUAAGUAGAUUUUUGGCCUUAAUUUUGCAAAUAGUAUGAAAAUUAUUUAAAAGUGGAAAUUCUUAAUGAAUAAAAAUUAAUAAUCAAAAGGUUGGCAUGA